AUGAUUCAAAAGAAAUCAACCAAAAUAGUUUGGCCAUACACACCUGAACCUUCGCCCCAUCUGGCACCCUCCGUCUACUCGUUGGAAGAGGUUCCGGAAGACUGUCAAAUGCCUGGCGGCGAAGUUCCCCGGGCUCGGCCCAUCAGUAUGGGGGUUCGGAGAGAGGGUAUCAUAUCCCCCGCGAGACCGACGCUGGAGGAUGUCCUUGCGAACAAAGCACCAUCACCUUACACACUCGCUGCCUUCACCGCUUUUCUUUCACAACAGCAUUGCUUAGAAACCCUCGAAUUCACCACAGAAGCCAAAAAGUAUGCCGACAAGUACGAUGAAGCAUCAGCCAGCCUCGCAGGGAUGCCGAUCACUGUGGACACGCAGGAGGGUUGGGAGCUGAUUCAGGAUUGGACUCGCAUCCUCGAUGUUUACGUCAAGCCUGGGGCCCCACGAGAAAUCAAUCUACCGGCGGAGGAGCGAGACGACCUGGUCCAUCAACCGUACGAGGUGAGACCACCACAACCCGAAGCACUGGAUGCCGCUGUGAAGCGCAUGCAUGACUUGAUGUCCGAGUCCAUUUUUAUUCCCUUCUGCAACAGCCUCCAACAAUUACCCUACGCCCAAACAUACGACACUUUGUCGGAUUAUGCCAAUCUCGCUGAUCUGGAUCCGCCACGGUUGACCUACGACGAGCGAGGCAUGCACCGAGCUCGACGACGACGGUCGCCACCGAAUACCUCGGCCGUCUCGUUUGAGUCUUCCCGAAUACCUACAUCACAACACCGACCAACCCCGUCCUCGUCAUUAUCCUCGGCGUUGGGCCGCCAGAGUGGGACACGAUUAACCCACCGCAUCUCCCCCUCGUCGGCGGUGUCGGAAAGUGCGUUGACUGACAGUAGUGGCGGACCAGAGAGCCCUCCAGCUGGGGAAUUUGAUUCUGUCAUGACUCCUCCAACAACACCUCCCACCAGCGACGCUGGAAUGGGCGUUCCGAGCCAGGUCAGUGGAGUGGCUUCGCUCCACGCGGCCAAAACCCAUCGAAGCGAAAGUGGUGGGUGGAAGAAGGCUAUGAAACUAUUUGGAGGAAGCAAGAAGAAGACAGGGAGUUUCGACGGAUAA